AUGGACGAAAAAGUUUUGGUCUCUGGCUGCAACGGUUACAUUGCACUCCACGUUUUGGAUAUUCUGUUGUCCGAAGGUUACCAUGUAAUUGGAACGGUGCGUUCCGAAGGCAAAGGUGACAAAGUCAAGGACUCUUUUGCUAAGCUGUACCCAUAUGCCAAACUGGACAUCGAAGUGGUUACCGAUAUUGGACAACCGGGUGCUUUUGAUGCUGUGUUCAAGAAGUAUCCAGAUUUGCAGCAUGUGCUGCACAUGGCAGCCAACUUCUCUUUUGGAUCUGACCAGAGCAACGAAGAAAUGUAUUUGAAGCCAUCCAUCGAGGGAACUAAAAGCAUUUUGAACACUGUGGUGCAAUCAGGACCCAACGUCAAGACUUUUGUGCAAACCUCAUCGUUUGCAUCAAUCAUGAACGUUCAGGACCCAACUUCCUUGCACACUGAGGCCACCUGGAACCCUAUCACUUGGGAAGAGGCCAAGGACAACGAAUUGGCCGCUUACUGUGCGUCCAAGAAAUUGGCUGAAAAGCUGGCGUGGGACUUUUUGAAGGAAAACGCUUCGCAAGUCAAGUUCCGCUACACCGCUGUGUGUCCUCCAUACGUUUUGGGCCCGCAAAUGUUCGACUGGGGGUUGGACGGUGAAAAGCUCAACACAUCUGCAGAGCUUGUGAACAACGCUGUUAAAUCGACACCAUCUUCCACGGGUCCCUUCGACGACCCUAGCGGUAUCACUACCGAUGUUCGUGACGUAGCUCUACUGCAUAUGCUCCCAUUACGUGACGAAAAGCUGGGUGGUCAGAGACUUUUCCCAGUUAACGGUGCAAGUCUCAAGAAGCCCGACUACCAAAACGCUAGAUUCAAUCCUCAGCGUAUCUUGGAUGUGGUGAACGCCAACUUCCCAGAACUAAAGGGCAAGAUCGCUGCUGGUGACAUUAAGGAUAACCAAAAGCUUUUGGAAAAAACUUUUCACUACAACACCGACCUCACUUGCAAGCUUACCGGUGUCGAAUUCAAGACCCUUGAGACCAGUAUCAUAGACUCUGUCAAGCAGAUUUUGGAGCACCGUCAAAAGAAGUAA